CUCUUUACGUCACUGUCAAAAAUGGCUGCGCUCAGUGUGGAAGUGGCAUGCCGGUCUCUACUCAGGCGCGGAGCUCGUUUACUUCCACAGAGACGGUAUCACAAGUGUCCAGCAUCACAGUGUUUGCUCAGGAUUCGCUCACCUGGAAUAAAACAACUGUUUGUAGUAACAAGUGCCCGAUACCAAAGCACAGUGACUGAAGUCGCCAACCAGACCCCAGUGCUACCAGAGAUACAAUUACAGCCCUCUACUACACUUGACAAUGUUCUGCCGCCACCUCUUGUUGAGGCAGCCCCCACAGUCUCUGAAACCAUACUCCCUGAAUCGGUACAACAGAGUCUGGCAGAUUUGGGCCUCGGUGGUCAAACUCCUGUUGGAUUAAUACAGAACUUUCUGGAGUUCCUUAAUGUUGAUGUUGGUUUGCCUUGGUGGGGAGCAAUAGUAACUGGAACGGUACUUGCUCGUAUUUUAGUAUUCCCUCUGAUUGUCAAAGGACAGAGAGAAGCUGCCAAACUCAACAAUCACAUGCCACAAAUCAGCUCGAUGACAAACCGUAUGAAUGAGGCCAAGCAGUCUGGGAACAAAUUUGAAUUCUCAAAGGCAUACUCUGACCUAACUCUGUAUCAGAAGAAACAUGAUGUCAAUCCACUACGUGGCUUUUUGGUGCCCCUAGUUCAGGCACCCAUUUUCAUCUCGUUUUUUGUGGCCCUGAGGCAGAUGUCAUACCUUCCCGUUCCCAGUAUGCAAAGUGGGGGGCUCUGGUGGUUCACAGAUCUUACUGCAGCUGAUCCUUUUUAUAUACUGCCCCUGACAGUGACUUGCACUAUGUGGGGAGUACUGGAGCUGGGAGCAGAGUCUGGUGUUGAUAACCCCAAUCUCAAAAUAAUGAAGACUGUCUUCCGUGUGAUGCCAUUGAUAAUUUUGCCUCUUACAAUCAACUUCCCCACUGCAGUGUUCACAUACUGGGUGACAUCUAACGUUUUCUCACUAGCCCAGGUGAGCUUUCUGAGAAUCCCAGCUGUCCGUAAAAAACUAAAAAUACCUGAAAGGAUCAAGCAUGACGCGUCUGCACUGCCGCCACAGGAGGGUUUCAUAAAGAAUCUUAAAAAAGGUUGGAAGAAUGCACAGAUGGCACAACAGUUGGAGGAGAGGGAGCGCAGGAUUAAGAAUCACCUGGAUAUGGCAGCAAAAGGGCCAAUGAGGCAGACAUUCUCCCACAAUCCUCUUCAGCAGAAAGAAUCAAACCCUGUGUCUCCAAGCAAACCCAAGUCAAAGCCUUGGCAGGACACAAUUGGAUGAAGCACUGUUACCCAAUAAACUCAAUAUUGUCCAUGCACACGGAUGAUGUAUCUGUGUGUUGCCAGUGAAUGUUGGACUUAAGAGACAAAACCAUAUAAGUCAUUCACAUUGUUCAAUGAAUAAAUUGUACAUUUUGGUGGA